AUGGCGAAGAAAGCGAAGUCACGCACCAUUGCCGUCCGGCUGAUUUCAAUGGCCAUGACGGGCUACUACCGCACAAUGAUGCGCCCCCGUGUGCACCGACCCCUCAGCAUGCUCAAGUACGACCCCGUCGUGAAGAAGAAGGUGCUGUUCCUCGAGGCGACCAAGGGUGGAAAGGCGAAAUAA